AUGAUUCGACUUACAUUUAUAUUAGUCGUGUUUGCUUUGUUUGGAGUUUUUGGAGACGCUAGACAUAUAUAUGUACCAGAAAUUCUAAACCCUGAUGUGAAACUCACCAUUAUGGAGCCAAAAGCGGAUGCCGAAAAAUUGUCAAUCGAUAUGAUGCGCAAUAAUAUGAACUCCAAUAAUGGUUUUGUCCCAAUGAAUAACGUUAUAUUUUUCAAGACGUAUCCUCCUUGCGGGAAUGGAUUCAAAAGGGACGUAUCAGGAGUAUGCCGAGAGGUCUGGGACUAG